AUGUCUACAGUGGAUUGGGGUUGUGUAUUUAAUGCCUCAGAUGUGCAAUCUGCGACUGGUCAAUUUUAUGACGUAUUAUAUAAUAUUUUUGAUCUUUGCGUACCUAAGAAAAGCAGACAAGCUUCAAACAGGAAACGCUAUCCUGUCUGGUUUUCACAUGAUAAUAUUAAAGAUGUAAAUCGCAAAAUUAAACUCCACAAAGAAUGGAAACGAUAUAAUUAUCAGAAUGUCUACAAGGCAUUUUCCAUACUGCGGUUAGAACUCAAGGGACGCAUCGAGUCAGCAUACAAUGCCUAUUUAGCAGCUGUUGAAAAUGGCAUUAAGAAUAAUCCAAAAAAAAUUCUGGAAUCAUAUUAG